GAGAGAGAGAGAGAGGCGGUGAGGAGGAGAGGAACUGUGAGCCGCUCACAGCAGCUCUGUACACGGGCUGUGUAAGAAGCUGCUCUCAUCCGCUCGCCUCAUCUCCACUUGCCGCAAGCUUUUUAUUUCCAAGAUUCGUUUGGAUUUGAUUCGUUACUGGUCAAACAUACUUGCAUUUAUUAUUAUAAAUUCGAAGUCCACCCUCAACCUGUUUUGGUUCUCAGAUCGUCGGAGAAAGCUGACAGGGUAGAGCGGUACGUGGAUCUUCAACUUUUUUUUACAUUUUUGCACGCCGAGUGUUUCACGCCACAGUUUCGCUUUUUGUCUCGGAGAUGCUUUCUUAUGAGGAAGUUUGCUGAGGUAGAUGUCUCUUCGUUAGCAAGACGGACUUUGAAAAAAGCUUGGCUUGUACGACGUAUCAGUUGCAGAGACUGGCUGGCUGUGACAUCAUGACUGCAUAUGCAAAGCUUUGGCUGUGUAAGGAAAACUGGGAAAAACUGUAAAGAUGUGGAAUGCAAAUGGGAUUUCUUGAUCUUGCUGUUCAUUCAUCGACUCUGAAGAGACAUUCAAGCUGCUAUAAAGCACUAAGACUGUAUUUCUUCAUUAUGUGAAUGGAUUUUUACUACGACAUGAAUGGUGAAAGUUCGUGAAAGGUCAAUGGAUUGGGAGCGAAGCCAUUGUUGUGGCACCCAGAUGUUACGCUUUUACUUUACUUCGACACCUGCAAGCUAUGAACAGCACUUUGCGCAACGAUCGCCAGCUCGGGCAGCUUCGAUACGUAACCCUGUGUUUGUCUAGAGUGUUUUGAUUUUUAAAAACAAAAACCCAGUUGGUCUCUAUUAUAAAUGCUAGAUUUAGUAGCUUGGUGCGUGUGGGAUGACAAGCUAAACGAAUUGAAAAAAUUCCUGCUGAAAUUAGGGUUUGGUUGCAUUCAGCAGUAGGUAUGACCCAGGGACUUAUUUUUAUUUUUUUAGGCAAGAUUAUUUUGGUACAUUUAUUUUCAUUUGAAUAAAUAUCCUCAGUUUCUUACAGUACGUCACAAUCGUACGGUAUGCCAUGCCUGGCGCACAUUUUCUUAAUACAAAACAAUUGAAGUAUUUGUUAGACUUGCAGAUACUAAAUUAUUAUCGGUGGACAACAUUGCGAUUACAAUCGGCCAUUGCAGAGGAAAUAUCUCAGCCUGACAAUUACUGAACUGCUCCUAAGCAUGACUGAUUUCAAAGGAGAGCCGGGUGCCUUUUCUUCUGUCCUCACGGGCUGUAUUGAUUUUUGCCAGUGCUUAUUUUAUUGAGAUCCAGCCAUGUGAAAGACCAAGGUAACGGCAAAGAAGAUUGAGUUCUGCUGGCAGAGAUUACGGAGAAGACCCGGCCGCAAGAUCGCGUUACGGGACAUCUGCACUGCGAUUGGGAGUGCUGAACGUUGGACAGGGUCUGGGACAAUGAACCGGUCAGGGCUGAUCGAACCGGUCCCCGCUGCAAACAGCAGCUUUAGCGGCCAUUUCAUCGUGACUCUAAACCAUUCCUGCCCCCUGGGUUGGGGACAGAACAAGGUCCUGGAGGCGUGCGUCUUGGAGACGGCCGUCAUCGUAUUGCUGACAGUGCUUAUCAUUGCAGGGAAUCUGACUGUGAUCUUCGUGUUCCAUUGUGCACCAUUGCUACACCAUUACACCACGAGCUACUUCAUCCAGACUAUGGCCUAUGCUGAUUUGUUGGUAGGACUAAGCUGCCUGGUUCCCACCUUUUCGCUGCUUCAUUUUCCAGCUGGUGUCCAAGAGCCGCUUACCUGUCAGGUCUUCAGCUACGUUAUCUCCGUACUCAAGAGCGUUUCAAUGGCAUGCCUGGCUUGCAUUAGCGUGGACCGCUAUUUGGCUAUUACCAAGCCCCUAUCCUACAACCAGUUGGUAACUCCUUGCCGCCUACGUUGUUGCAUCGUUCUCAUAUGGAUCUACUCGUGCACAGUGUUUCUCCCUUCUUUCUUCGGCUGGGGUAAGCCGGGAUACCACGGGGACAUCUUUGAAUGGUGCGCUCACUCUUGGCCCACAUCUGCACUCUUCACUGGCUUCGUGGUCUGCCUGCUGUAUGCUCCUGCCACCCUGGUGGUCUGCUUCACCUACUUCCAUAUCUUUCGCAUUUGUCAGCAACACAACCGGGAAAUCAGCGAACGAAGGGCGCGCUUCCCAAGCCAGGAGAUGGAAACUGCUGAGGGUGGCCACCCCACAGGUCACGGGCCAGAUCGGAGAUACGCCAUGGUACUCUUUCGGAUCACCAGCGUCUUCUACAUGCUGUGGCUCCCGUACAUUUUCUACUUCAUUUUGGAGAGCUUCCACGUGUUAAACAGUCCCGCUCUCUCCUUUGUGACCACCUGGUUAGCUAUUAGCAACAGCUUCUGCAACUGCGUAAUUUACAGUCUCUCCAACAGCGUUUUCCGGUUGGGGAUGCGUAGACUCUCGCAGACCCUCUGCUCCUUCAGCCCCUGUGCUCAUGACGACAAGGACUUUGGAGAGCCAAAACCGAGAAAGAGAGCCAACUCUUGCUCCAUUUGAAGAUUCUCUGUAGAGAAUUGCUUGGAUCGGUCUUAAGCUGCUAAUUGUUGUUGCAAGGGACUUCAACAAGCGACAAAAUCAACUGAAACUUGAUAGAUUCUUAAACAUUCACACCAAGCAAGAAAACGCUCUUUACUGACAAAACAAGAAUGAUAAAUUUGUCAUACAUUCCCUGUAAAUACUGAGAUAACAUCUACUUUGUACUUAGAUAUAUAUAUACAAGAUAAUGGAUAUUGGUCCAACCUGUUUGACAAACUUGUGAGAAUUUGUGGCAAAGCCAGGGGUAAGGUUCAAUCCUCUUGGUAAAGCUCUUUCCAAAUUUAGGGCACACUUGCUAUUUUUAGUCGUAGGAUUGGUUGCUUUGAUGUUUGGUGAAUUUGUUUGUGUCGCAGGUGUAACCGUACAACAAUAGCAGCUGUGCAAAAGCUUGAAGACCUUGUUGACGUUCAGCAGAGGUCUUGAGCUUCCCUGUCCUAAAGUGGCUUUUCAGAUGAGCCAACGUGUCCUUAGUGUUCAAAUGCAGCUAGAACUAACAUUACGAUUGGAUGUGGGACCAAUGAAAAAAGUCAAAUGCGAUGUAGCAAAGGACAAAAGCAGUUGAGCCAAGUAUUUAUUUUUUCAGAUCUUUUAAAUAUCAUUGUAGAUCCAAAUGUUUUUGUAGGAAAUCUUGAAGUUUCAUAUGCGCACAACAUGGACUAUGUCUGCAAUAGGUGUGGACUGUAGUUUAGAUUCCCAGUGGUGUAACGCCUUAGCUGUUUGUAAUUAGACCUAUUUGCCCGCAGCCACCUUUUGAGAAACAUGCAACACAGCAUGUUUUAUUUUUCAAUGUAUUUUUUAUGUAUUUAUUUUUUGCUGGAUCAGCUUUUACACUCUUCACUCUAUUGUGUCAAACAGAUUUAUUUCUUCCUGUGUCUUUAAAUUCCUCAAAAUAAUAAAUUAAAUGUGAUUAUUUUUUAGUUAGUA